ACGCCAGAGAAGAGCCAAAGUGCAUCAGCAUCAUCAGCACUGCUCGCGCUACCUACUAGCUUGCUCUCGUACUUCGGCUACAACCUCGUGCUCCGUCCUCCCAGUGAUAUAUACAAGCCUCCGGUUCAGGCUCCGUGCCUUUGACCGGAAUCGGAUGCCCAGUGGCGCUUUCCUGCUAAGCGGCCGCGACAUGCCGGACUAUGGCGGCGCCCUGACCGUCCCCGUGGUGGUGACCUGCCUCAUGGCGGCCUCCGGCGGCCUCAUCUUCGGCUACGACAUUGGCAUCUCAGGGGGAGUGUCGGAGAUGGAGUCUUUCCUGAAGAAGUUCUUCCCGGACUUGCUCAAGGCGAAGCCGCGCGCGGGCAAGGACGUGUACUGCAUGUACAACAACCAGGCGCUCACGGCCUUCACCUCGUCGCUCUACGCGUUCGGCAUGGUGGGCACGCUGGUGGCGAGCCGCGUCACCCGGCGAGUCGGGCGCCAGGCCAUCAUGCUCAUCGGCGGCAGCAUGUUCCUCGUCGGCGCGCUCGUCAACGCCGGCGCCGCCAACCUCGCCAUGCUCAUCGUGGGGCGGAUGCUGCUCGGCCUGGGCCUCGGGUUCUCCGGACAGGCCACGCCGGUCUACCUCGCCGAGAUGUCGCCGCCGCGGUGGCGUGGCAGGUUCAUCUCCGCGUUCCCUCUGUUCAUCAGCAUCGGUUACCUCGUCGCCACCGUGAUCAACACCGGCACUUCGAAGAUCCCUGUCUGGGGCUGGCGCCUGUCCCUGGGCCUCGCGGCGGUGCCGGCCGCGGUGAUGGUGGUUGGCGCCGCGCUCAUCACGGACAGCCCGAGCAGCCUCGUCCUGCGCGGGAAGAACGACCAUGCCCGCGCCGCGCUCCAGCGCGUGCGCGGCAAGGGCGUGGACAUCGACGCGGAGUUCAGCGACAUAGUCGCUGCCGUGGAGCACGACACGCGCAACGAGGAGGGCGCGUUCCGGAGGAUCCUGCGGCGGGAGUACAGGCCGUACCUGGUGAUGGCCGUGGCCUUCCCCGUGUUCCUGAACCUGACAGGAGUGACCGUCACGGCCUUCUUCUCGCCGAUACUUUUUCGGACGAUGGGGUUCGGGAGCGACGCCGCGCUAAUGGGCGCCGUCAUCCUCGGCCUGAUGAACAUCGGCGGCGUCGUCGCUUCGGGCUUCGCCAUGGACCGCUACGGCCGGAAGCUGCUCUUCAUGAUUGGCGGCGCAGUCAUGUUCACUUGCCAGGUGGCGAUGGCGAGCAUCGUGGGGUCGCAGCUCGGGAACGGGAGCAAGAUGGCCAAGGGGUACGCGGUGGCGGUGCUGGUCCUCACCUGCUUCUUCUCCGCCAGCUUCAGUUGGUCCUGGGGCGCGCUCUUCUGGACCGUCCCCGGCGAGAUAUACCCCGUCGAGGUGCGCUCCGCGGGGCAGGGCACGGCGGUGGCGCUCAACCUCUGCCUCAACUUCGUGCAGGCGCAGUGCUUCCUCGCCAUGCUCUGCUGCUUCAAGUACGGCAUCUUCAUCUUCUACGCCUGCUGGCUCGUCGUCAUGACGGCCUUCGCCAUGGCGCUCGUGCCCGAGACCAAGGGCGUGCCGCUCGACUCCAUGGGCCACGUCUUUGCGCGACACUGGUACUGGGGCAGGUUCCUCAAGGAUCACAAGUUUGGCAAUGAGCAGUCCACCUGAGACCCAGCACAGCACCUGCGGUGUUGACCUCCUAAAUAUCAAUUGUGUGCUCCUUUGGAAUUAUACCAAGGCAUAGUAUAAAAAAUGAUUAGCUAGUUGUUGAGAACUAAGUUAGUUCUCAGUCCGGUCUAUAACCAUCCGAUCUUUAAGCGUCAAAAUUCGUGUAGUGCUAUAAGUCUCCAUCAGCGAAAAAGCAAACCGGUGUGUACAUGAAAUCCAGGAGGGCGUGUUU